UCGUUAUCAUUUGUUGUCGGCGAUAUUCCGCGCAACAUUUUGUUGUUGAUAUACUGUAUCGGCAAGUUCAUUCGCUUGUCAAUAUUUGUGACGGGAAUAUUCUGUCAAAGUUGCAUGAAACUUUUUAAAAAAGGUGACAAUAUAUUCAAAGGUGGAGAAGAGCAAGGCAAACCAUUGGCAUUAACAAAAUUAAGAAGUCAUGGAAGAAAUAGGAGUGUAGAGUAAAACCCCACGAGGAGACAAAUUGAGAAUUAACGGCUGCAGAAACAUAAAUUUAUGAAAUUGUGUUUUGUUAAAACAGAUUACUUUGCCUUAGAUAUAUUUAUUUUCGUAAUAAAAAGACAGAUUCGAAAUUUUUCCAGGAUACUAAUAAUGUUAUCAUUGUAUAAUUGUGAUGUAACUUCUUAAUUAAAGUGUAAAGGGCAUACACUGACAGGAUUUGAUCAGUCUGUUUCUUUUUUCUUACUGAAGAUUUUUAUUUCUCGAUUUAACGGAAAAGGGAAUAAAGAGGUUAAUCAUUUUUGCUUUUUUUAUAAAGCUAUUAAAUAAGUUUCUCAAAAUAGUUAUUCUUCAGAAAUGAUUUUAAAUAUUUUGAUACAGACAUUGUAACACCAACACAUAAAGAGAAAGACGAAUUAAGAUGAUGUGCUUGUGCAUAAUAAAAUUAUAUAAUGCUCGUGUCAUUUCCUUAGAUGAAAUGUAAAAUUACGUAUGCAUAAUUCUAAGAAACUAUUUCUUAGAAGUUUAUCGAAAUGGGACCACUGUCAAUUUAAAUUCAUAGCAAAAAAAGUAUAAACGAAGAGCUAGAGAAUCUUCACUCGUAAUAAAUCUGUCAUUUCUUUGGCUUUUAUUACAAGAAUGUCGGAACUUAAAAAGACAUGAGACUGUCAAUUUUGGAAAGAAUAUUCAAACAAUUGUAACAUUUGUUGCAUCGCUGUAAAAGGACUUAACAAGUACGUCUUUUGAUUGUGUUAUUAAUAUGUACCUGUGACUUUUUCAAGCACUCAAAUAUAGUCGAUUAUGCCUUCUUCAAGAAUUCUUCAACUUCUGCAAUUUGCAGGAUUUAUUUCAGUAGCUACCACAGAAUGCACAUUCCCAGAAUAUAUACAAAGUCCUAUAGACGAAUCAGGAUCUCCAAUGCCUUGGACAACACAGGUGUCAUUACUCAACCUAAGACACGAGCCAAAAGUAAGACAAAUGCAAGAAGUUUUUGUGCAUGGUUCACUAAUAUGGAGUCAAAGCACAAAGAAUCGAUGGCCAUGUGACCGGAAGUCAAGACACGUUCAUUACAGAGCAACUUCCGGUAUACAAGGGAGUUGCUCAGAGAAAACAAAUCUACAUAACCGAACAUGUUUAACUGAAGAGAGAUUCGAUCAUUUCAAAGUCAUAGAAUAUGGAUCAGAAGGAGGUCCAUAUUUUCUGUGUGUCAAGUUUAUUCAGAGAAGCACAAAUGUCGUCCAGAUCAUGGAAGGCAAGAAGAGUAAAUUCAAUGAUAAAAAUUUAUGUGAUGAACGACAAUUACAAUUGAAAGAGUGGCCAUGGAUCGCUCCAUGGAGACGUCAGGUGAUCACAUGUCCAAUUAACGGUGGAUUUAGCUUCCGGACGUUGAACAAACUAACAAAUGAGGAUUUCUGCGAGGAGGAAUGGAGAAAAUCUCGUCUAGAAAUCGACUGUGCAAAAGGGGACGGUCUAAAUUUCAUCGCUCCAAAAGGCAGCCAGUGUAACCCCUUUUCAUCAAAAUCGGAAGUGUCACGGUUUUAUUGUUGGGCUGGUUGGCAAGAGUUAUAUUACACGUUCCUCGUUGUCGGUGACGCUAACGGCGAGCCCCAGUUCUGUCUCCGUUUUCCAAGGGAAAUUACUCAGAGUUUUCAGGUGAUGGUAUACUUCAGUGUUAUUUGCCCCUUGCAAGAAGACGGUAUGCCACCGACUGGAAUAGAGUAUCAUGAACUGGAAAUGAAUACAAUAGCACCUGAUAAAUGUGUUGAUGAUAAUACUGAGAGAUGCCACAUGGUUGAGAAGAAAGGACAGUGCAAAAAGGAAGAGAAAUACGCAGUUCAUUGCCAACGGUCGUGCAAGAAAUGUACUGAAAAUAGUGACACGUUUGACAUGUUGUGUCCCUUUGCGUCACGUGUACAAGGCACGUGGUUGUUUUAUGACACGGUUCAUAAGGAAGAGGUCAAGAUAAAUGACACUGCUAUACGUUUCUCACAGUUUGGCACGUUUAUAUGUAAGGAAAAAAGUGUGUUUAGUGACAGACUCUACAAAACAGUUACAGUAUUCAACAAUGGCUGUUCAAUGCGUUACACAUGUUUCGAACUGGAUAGAAGAAACAACAAUAUUCUACAGUUCCGUGUUGGAAAGAGCUACAGAACAGAUAUUGGAUUUGACAGUCUUUGUCAUUUUGAGGACCACAAAAGUCCCGUACAUGACCCGUACAGGAGCAGUAACAUGAAAAACCUUAUAUUGGACGGCCACCUUAGGGACGAAUACUGCGGGUUUUCACACACUAUACCGUUUAAUGGCACGGUGUAUGGCGAGGCGUGUACGGGUACAAUAUCUGACUGGGAUUCGGACGGAUGUGUGACACGAGGAGUGCUUAAUUUAAGGUCUCACACGUGCAGAAAUUUAGCUGCACCUAUGGAGUUACAAUGCCUAGGAUUCUUAAAAGAUCAUCCUUUAGAACAAUACCUGAUUACAAGAUCUAUGAUUAGUGGAAACUACAAUUGCUGGGUAUUAACAAGUUUCUUAUGCAGUCACUGGAAAUGGAAUUAUCGGGCCUUGGUCAAACUGGACAGUCCUCAAUGUUUCACAUUGGCAGACUCUACAUGUGCUUUGGACAGCACACCCGCAGUCUUGCUGUAUUUACAAGACGAGGACCAAUCAAGAUUUUGUAAGGGUACAAUAGGUGACAGAACGACGGCCGCCCCUUUACACCCCCGACAAUAUAACCAUAGUAACGACCAGCCGCCGUACCAUAAUCCUAAUACAGAUAUCGUUUACCAGAAUCCGCUAUAUGUGGAGUCAUUUGAGUCAACAGCUAACAGCAUAACGUUUAACAGCAAUUCUCUUAUCAAAUACAUAACAUCUGAAAACAUUUUUUCAGCAUUAGUUUAUAUCGUGACUUUAAUGUGGCGUUCAUGCGUUCUUCCAACAUGAUAAAACAGACAGUGUUUAGCUAAAUUAUGUGAUAAACUGACUCCCCUCCCCCUCCCCCCGUUUUUAUACAUGCUUAUCCGAAUGACUAUUAUCCGAAAAAGGAGUUCUAUACAAAGAAUGACCAUACCCAAAAUUUGCCAACCAAAAGGGCAUGUAUAAGAAUAUGAGUUCAGAUAAAAGAUUAGACUUCUUUUCAGAUAUGAACGUGUAUAAAAUAUUCACCAAUUUUCUGGUGAUGCUUAUUUGUUGAAUAUAUAACAUACAUGUGUAUAUAAUGUAAUUAUAGUUUAUACGUUGUGCUGUUAGUAAACUUCGUUAUAUAAAUUGAAAUAGUUAUUUAAUAGUGAAAUAAGUGUAGGUAGCACAUAUAUGUGUUUAUAUUUAUGUAAGUAAAUAAGCCCCUACAUGUAUAUACAUUAUAUAUUAUAUAUUAGUUGUGAACUAUGUGCAAAAAUAUACCCAAAAAAACUCU